GUCACGCCUGACGCUGGGUUCUGCUUCCCGGGUCGGAGCCAAAGCAGAGACUUAACCGGUCCGGCUCGCGCGCUGCGCAGUUCCCUGGCCUGGGCCGGUGAAUCAGAGGGUGGGUCGCGGCUGAAUGCUCCCGGAGCGCCGCAGAGAAACUGAGUUUGUUCUCUGCGUCUGUAGGGAGGGGUCUGCCUUCCUUGGAGGCUUGCUCUGGAGGUGCUUAUACGUCUGUAAAGAUAAAUUGCAUGUGCACCGCGCUUUACAGUGUACCUUUUCCACUUCUUAACAACCUUCAGCAGAGGUAUAUCCCGUUUAUACCUGGGCUAAGGAGAGACGGUUGUGACUUCAUUUAAUGAAGUCAGGAUCAGAGUCAGCUGGAGGAAGGAGUGCUUGACGCUGCGUCUUAGAAAGUACAUAUAGUUAACAGUGAAGAGGAGAGCUGAGGCCCGAGAAGGGGAACAAUCAGGCUGUUUGGGAGACCUGGGUUUUCAGAGCAGGAGGAAAUACUGCUAAACUCUCCUACAGGUCCAUGACUAUAAUUAGUUGAAUGAGUGGCCACCACUGUAAGUAGGGUUACCAAGAAGAGAAGUAGAAGCCAAUUCCUACACUGCAAAGGUUCAUUUUGUUUAAUUUGUGUUUAGAAAAAUCAGUCAUCAAGUGAGCUGGUAUUGCACUGGGUGAAUAAGACAGUUGUGCAGCCCCUGCCCUGGUGAGGCUCCCACAUUCGCUGGGUGGAUAGACAUGAAAAUGGGAGAAUAGGAAAUGGAAACCAAGAAAGCGUCCCGGGCAGAGGGGAGUGUGGUCUACCUCACUGGGAAGACUUACAGAGCAGAUGUAGGAAUAACAUCAGCAUGAAAUAGAAGCCAUUUGACAGAGAGAACAUCUGCAUCCAGGAUGGCUUAUUUUCUCAGGUGAUCUGGCAGCGUCAAUCUCUCGUGUCUCCUUCAUUCUGAAACUCUCUUCCUCCCUGACAUUGAGUUUUUUCACUCUAUUUCUAUAGAGGUUUCUCCCCUGCCUCUUUUGUUGACCUUGGGAGUUACAUCAGACCCCUUCGCAUAUUUCUGCUUGAAUGGUCACCACACAAAGCCUAAACAACUUGUCAUAUGUAGAUAACUGAGUCCCUGAAACCUGGAUUUAAUGGGAGCUUACAUGCCCAUAUCACUGGUCCCUUUUCUCAUUUCUAGGUCUUUAUAUUUACUCUCCACCCUGCCAGGAAUGAUCCCUUUCUUGUCUGCCCAGCCCUCACCUAGUCUGUCUUCCCCUGGAAGCUGUCACUGCUCCAUAUCCGGUCUAGACACCUCUCCUGUAACACCCUAGUUGUCACUCUCUUUGCACCCUUAAAAAGAGCCCAGAUGCCCGUCCAGCCUCCAGGCAAAGAAACAGAUGAGAUGGAGGCGGAAGGCAACUCAGCAGCUGAGGUGAAUGGGGAGGCGGAUGAGAGUGAGGAGGAGCGGAGCGGCAGCCAGACUGAGUCGGAGGAGGAGAGCUCAGAGAUGGAUGACGAGGACUAUGAACGGCGUCGCAGUGAGUGUGUCAGUGAGAUGCUGGACCUGGAAAAGCAGUUCUCAGAGCUGAAAGAGAAGUUGUUCAGGGAACGGCUGAGCCAGCUGCGCUUACGGCUGGAGGAAGUGGGGGCCGAGAGAGCCCCCGAGUACACAGAGCCUCUUGGAGGGCUGCAGCAGAGCCUAAAGAUCCGCAUUCAGGUGGCAGGAAUCUACAAGGGCUUCUGUCUGGAUGUGAUCAGGAAUAAGUAUGAGUGUGAACUCCAGGGAGCCAAACAGCACCUAGAGAGUGAGAAGCUGCUGCUAUAUGACACGCUCCUUGGGGAGCUGCAGGAGCGGAUCCAGAGGCUAGAGGAGGACCGCCAGAGCCUGGACAUCAGCUCUGAGUGGUGGGAUGACAAGCUGCACACCGGAGGCAGCUCAAAGACCUGGGGCUCACUGCCACCCAGCAAGAGGAAGAAGGCGCCCCUCGUCUCUGGCCCGUACAUUGUCUACAUGCUGCAGGAGAUCGACAUCCUGGAAGACUGGACGGCUAUCAAAAAGGCCAGGGCAGCAGUGUCCCCUCAGAAGAGAAAAGCAGAUGAGGCAGGGGGUUGCCCAGUAGCUCUCCAGUGUUACCGCUGUCCCCUGAGCCUCUGCCAACACUGGCCUGGACUCUUCUGCUGUCCUUGGGAUCGGCAUAGCUGUGGCCCUGAAGCUGAUCUGGCCAAGCAAGACUGUUAUCUCUAAUCCCUGACAAGCCCUCCCCCUCCCCCUCCCCAGUGUCCCCCAGCAAAGAAGAUGGGCUUCAUCCAAAGCAGCGGCCCUCCUGACUUUGAACCCUACCCCCAGCCACCAAGCCAGGAGCCGGGCCCCACUGCAGGAGGAACUCCUAAAAAACAAAUUCUGUCGGAGUCUUGCCCAUCCUAGCUGCCGCUGGAGAUGCAGCCUCCCUGUCUUUCUCAGGGCCAUUCAUGGUGUCUGCCUCCAAGAUUCCAAAGACUGGAAUAAAACUCAUCCUGAUACCUUGA